AUGGCCGCCCGCCCUGACGCCGCCCUGCCCGACCAUGUCAACCCUCCCGCCGCCCUGCCAUCCUGCCUCUCAUCCACCGCCCAGGCCCGCAUCCUCAUCUGGCGCACAGAGGUCGCCUCUGCCCUCGCUCCGCCCCCCAAGUCAUCGCCCUCCUCGGCCGCCUCCACAGCGAGCUCCCUCCCCUCGGCCACCUCCACCGCCACCUUCACCACCACCGCUUCCCCGCCGGGCGGCGACGACGACAACGGCCUCGGCCGCGACAAGCCGGCAAGGCGGCAUCGCUUCUGGCGCCGCCUUGUCCGCCGCCUGUCCCUCCGCGGCGCCGGUCCCGAGGGGGCAGGCAGCCACGCCAACCUCCUCGACGCCACCGGCCUGCCGCCCGAUGCCUGCCACGGCGAUGGCGGCGGCGGCGGCGUCGUCCCCGGCGGCGAGGUCAUCCGCACCGCCAUGUACCGCCAGGACGCCGCCGCCGCCACCGCGCCUCCUCCCGACAACGACAACCCUCUGAUGGGGCACGGCGAAGACGCGCUGCACGACCCCGACGACAGCAGCGAAGACGACGUCCUGCGGAAGCAGAGGAAGCAGCAGGAGCGCCUCCAGCGCGCCGCCCGCCUGCUCUCCCAGCAGAACGCACGGGCCGCCGCUCUAGCCCACGUGGCGUGA